AAGACAAAGUUUAUCUUACAUCAAGACAAUGUUUUCGGUAAAGGAAGAUAGUAAGAUAGGUGGGAAGAAUUAUAAAGGUGGAGUACAAAAACUAACGGUUGUUUCUUUACUACUUGGAGUAUUUCUGACAGUUGCUAUGAUAGCUUUUAUAACGAUUUUGCUCAUACAUCUUAAAGUUCAUACAGUUGAUGUAUGUGUCAGCCAUGAUUGCCAGAAUGGAGUUUGUGAAGCUGACCAGAUUAGAGUACGAGGCUACACCUGUAACUGCACGCUUGGUUACGUCGGGGACAAUUGUCAAGUUUAUGUAUGUGACAACCAUGAUUGUCAGAAUGGGAUUUGUGUGGCAGACCAAUCCACAAUAAGAGGAUACACGUGUAACUGUACCAUUGGCUUUGUUGGGAACAAUUGUAAAGAUAAGGUAUGUGAUAGCAAUGAUUGUCAGAAUGGGAUUUGUGUGGCAGACCAAUCCACAAUAAGAGGAUACACGUGUAACUGUACCACUGGCUUCGUUGGGGACAAUUGUCGAGAUAAGGUAUGUGAUAGCAAUGAUUGUCAGAAUGGGAUUUGUGUGGCAGACCAAUCCACAAUAAGAGGAUACACGUGUAACUGUACCACUGGCUUCGUUGGGGACAAUUGUCGAGAUAAGGUAUGUGAUAGCAAUGAUUGUCAGAAUGGGAUUUGUGUGGCAGACCAAUCCACAAUAAGAGGAUACACGUGUAACUGUACCACUGGCUUCGUUGGGGACAAUUGUCGAGAUAAGGUAUGUGAUAGCAAUGAUUGUCAGAAUGGGAUUUGUGUGGCAGACCAAUCCACAAUAAGAGGAUACACGUGUUACUGUACCACUGGCUUUGUUGGGGACAAUUGUCAAGAUAAGGUAUGUGAUAGCAAUGAUUGUCAGAAUGGGAUUUGUGUGGCAGACCAAUCCACAAUAAGAGGAUACACGUGUUACUGUACCACUGGCUUUGUUGGGGACAAUUGUCAAGAUAAGGUAUGUGAUAGCAAUGUUUGUCAGAAUGGGAUUUGUGUGGCAGACCAAUCCAGAAUAAGAGGAUACACGUGUAACUGUACCACUGACUUUGUCGGGGACAAUUGUCAAGAUAAGGUAUGUGAUAGCAAUGAUUGUCAGAAUGGGAUUUGUGUGGCAGACCAAUCCAGAAUAAGAGGAUACACGUGUAACUGUACCACUGGCUAUGUCGGGGACAAUUGUCAAGAUAAGGUAUGUGAUAGCAAUGAUUGUCAGAAUGGGAUUUGUGUGGCAGACCAAUCCAGAAUAAGAGGAUACACGUGUAACUGUACCACUGGCUAUGUCGGGGACAAUUGUCAAGAUAAGGUAUGUGAUAGCAAUGAUUGUCAGAAUGGGAUUUGUGUGGCAGACCAAUCCAGAAUAAGAGGAUACACGUGUAACUGUACCGCUGGCUUUGUUGGGGACAAUUGUCAAGAUGAUGUAUGUGAUAGCAAUGAUUGUCAGAAUGGGAUUUGUGUGGCAGACCAAUCCAGAAUAAGAGGAUACAUGUGUAACUGUACCACUGGCUUUGUCGGGGACAAUUGUCAAGUUCUUCCUAAAGAUUGUAAGGAUCUUCAUAAAAAUGGUCAAAAUAUUUCCGGUGUGUAUGAGAUAUAUCCAUAUGGGGACAUCAACAUUUUAGUCAGAGUCUACUGUGAUAUGAAGACUAUGGAUGGGGGAUGGACGGUUAUCCAAAAAAGAGCUGGAUUAGUUAGCUUUGUAAAACAAUGGGAUGAAUAUAAGGUUGGUUUUGGUGAACCAGAAAAUGACGUUUGGAUAGGAAAUGACGUGAUCCACGAGUUGACAAAGGGACAAGACUCCUCUCUAUAUAUUUCUAUCACCCAUGUAGAUGGUAGGAGACUGUAUGAAUUAUACGAGAAAUUUUCGGUGUCAAAUGAAGAAGAGAAAUAUAAACUCUUUCUGGGAAGAAGUGCCGAAGGAACCUUAGGUGAUAAAAUGUCUGAAUUGUCCGGGAUGUACUUCAGCACCUUUGACAGGGAUAAUGAUGGGAAUCCAAGAUCUGACUGUGCUAAUGGCUAUGGCGGGGGCUGGUGGUUUAAUAGCUGUGCUUGGGCUUACCUCAAUGGUCCCUGGUCAUCUCCAGGGUGGUAUAAUCCUUGGUUUCCUUUAAUAACUGAAGGGAGAGAAGUGAGGGAGACGAAGAUGAUGAUUAAACGUCGAUAG